AUGAACAAUCUUUCGGUUCAAGAACUUGAAAAAUUGGCUGAUGAAUUAAGAGAAGAGAUAGCAUACACAGUGUCAAAGACAGGAGGGCAUCUAAGUUCAAGCUUAGGGGUGGUAGAGCUAACAGUGGCACUCCAUCAUGUAUUCAACUCUCCUGAAGACAAAAUCAUUUGGGACGUUGGCCAUCAGACCUAUCCACAUAAGAAUUUAACUGGCAGGAGGUCCAGAAUGCACACGAUUCGUCAAGCAUUUGGCCUUGCAGGGUUCCCCAAGAGGCUUGAAAGUGAACAUGAUGCCUUUGGAACUGGCCAUAGUUCUACUAGUAUUUCAGCUGGCUUAGGCAUGGCUGUUGGCAGAGACUUGUUAGGGAAGGAAAACCAUGUAAUUGCAGUUAUUGGUGAUGGUGCCAUGACUGCUGGACAAGCAUAUGAGGCAAUGAACAAUGCAGGCUAUCUUGAUUCAAAUCUCAUUAUCAUCUUGAAUGACAAUAGGCAAGUCUCUUUGCCCACUGCUACAAUGGAUGGCCCUGUACCUCCUGUUGGCGCUCUAAGCAAAGCCUUGACGAGGCUACAUUCAAGUAGAAAAUUUCGCCACUUGCGCGAAGCAGUAAAGGCUAGUUUUGAACUUCCCCUUGUAGAUAGCACAAAACAAAUUGGAGGGCAAGCACAGGAAAUUGCUGCUAGCUUAGAUUCCUAUAUGAGAGGAAUGUCGGGAGCAUCUGGUGCUUGCUUGUUUGAAGAGCUGGGACUAUAUUAUAUUGGUCCAGUUGAUGGCCAUGAUGUGGAAGACCUUGUUGAUAUACUAAACAAGUGCUUCGUUACUGGGUUUGCUGGUUUUAGUGGGGUUUUGGAGAAUUUGGUGAGAUUUGGGAAAAGGGUCAUGAUGGAUUUGCAUUUGAAGAAUUUGUAUGGUAGAUUUCAGGAGCAAUUUGGUUCUGGUCCUGGGCUUAUUCCUGGAUCAGGGACGUGUCUAAUGAAGGUAGAGGGAAUUUCUCCUAAUUUCAUUAAGUCUAUAUAUAAAGGUUCUGCUGCUCUUUAUAGAACUGAACCAUGGAAAAGAUUGCGUGAUGAGUUGCACACAGAUAAUACUAUUUAUCCAAUUUAG